AUGCUGCUGGCACAGGUGCAGGUUGCGGCGGUGGCUGCGGCGGCGAUUGAGAAGAAAGCCUACACAGCAGCGGAGGUUGCAGCCCGAACAACGACUGGGGAUAGGCCCGCGGCAGAAACCACCUCGGCGUACGCUAGGAAGCUAGGUGAGCUGGCAAUCCAAGUCGUGAAGGAUGGCGGCAAGGUAGACGGUGCAGCGGCGGGAACAGCAGCAGCGGGAGCGAGUGAGGUGGUGGACUUUUUGGACCUUGUGGGCUCGCGGGAUUUCCUGACGGCGGAGGCGGCUGAGGCUGUGCUGGCUCCCAUGCUGGCGCCCGGCAGUUCAGUCAACAGGAUCCGCUUCAGCACCAAGAGCUUCGGUCGGGAUGCCGCCGCAGUGGCUGCCCGUGCUCUUCAAGCGGUAUCUUGCAGCCUCCUAGAGGCGGACAUCUCCGACGUCAUUGCGGGCAGGCCGGAGGAUGAGGCCCUUGACGUGCUGCGAGUGCUGUCCUCGGCGCUGUCGAGCGCUCCCCGCCUGACUGCCCUCAACUUGUCGGACAAUGCACUGGGGGAGAAGGGCGUGCGCGCGUGCGAGGCGGUGCUGGCGGGCAAGGCCCCCCUGGAGAGCCUGUCCCUCCAAAACGUGGGUCUCUCCGUACACGCCUGUCGCGCUACCUCGGAGCUGCUGGCGGACCCGUCCCGCCUGCGUCGUCUGCAGCUCUUCAACAACAUGAGUGGGGACGAGGGCGCCGGACAUAUUGCCGGGCUGCUAUCACGUGCACCGCAGCUGGAGGACCUGCGGUUCGCUUCCAGCCGUGUCGGACCCGCGGGAGGUGUCGCACUGGCCAAGUCGCUAAUGGCUGGUGCCCGACUCGUACGACUGGAUCUGUCAGACAACCCCCUUACCUCGGAGGUGGUUCCGGAGCUGGCCAAGGCACUGGCGGCUCAGCCCACCCUGCGCGCCCUCAACCUCAACGAUACCUCACUUGGCCCCGACGGCGUCACGGAGGCGGUGGCUGCACUGGUGGUGGCUCACGCCUCCAGUCUCCGGCUGCUGAACCUCCGAGAGAACGAGCUGGGGGACAGGGGGGCGCUGUUUCUGUCCCGGGCGCUGGGCGCGCUGGCGGAGCCGCAAACAGUUGACCUGGUGGGAAAUCAGAUCCGCCGUGCCGGUGCGGUGGCAGUGGCCAGGGCCCUGGUGUCCAAAUCCUCCUUGGAGCUGCUCGCACUGGACGAAAAUACCAUCAGCGAUGACGGUCUGGAUGAGCUGCGUGGUGUUAUGGAGGGUGCGGGCAAGUCGGCAGCACUUGGGCCGCUGGACAACAACAUGGAGGAAGAUGAGGAGGAAGAAGAAGAGGAAGAAGAGGGUGAGGGUGGGGCAGACGACUUCGGCUUGUCGGAAGCCUUGGCACGGUCUGGAAUUGCAUGAAAUGAUUGACGGACGCCUUCUUAGGCUUGGAUUGCCGGGGCUGGGUUUUAGAAGGGGUUCGGGGAACGAAUCGUUGGCAAUUGUCUCGUGUGCGGUCCUAGCAGAGUACUUUUCCUCUGUGUGCGAAUGUCUUAGACGUGCAUGUGUGUGUGCACUGGCGUGUUAUUGCGGUGGGGCGAAAUGCGGUGGUACGUAAUCGUGCUGAUGGUGGGGUAGUUUCGGUUGAUUGACCGCAGCAUGCUGCACACGCAGUUUUAGUAUUGGCUGUCGCUGU